AUGGGUCCGGAAACCGACUCCAUGGCUUUCAAGGUGAGGGAGCUCUUGAAGGAUGUGAAAUUGGACCCAUCCACCAUGAAGCUCCUUGACCAGGCGGUCUCCUCCGUCGUGGAAGUCAUCCGUUGCAUCCCGGAUUCCGCAGUAGGGGCGGAUGCUGCACCAGGAUUCGUCAGGGACCUCGACGUCCUGCCUGAAAAGAUUGCGUUCACAUUCAAGGCCCCCGAGUCCAUCGUGGUCGCCGGAAGCCAUUCGAUCAGAUCAAUUGCCAAACCUGAUGUCAACGUCGACCUGCUUGUUCGGAUGCCUAGAGUAAGAAAAUGACGCAGAAACUAAUCUAUGUUCUUUCAUUCUGAUUUCCAUCCUCUGAAUCCUCUCCACUUACAACGAUAUUCUUUUAUUUUCAUCUAAUUUCUUCUCCUAAGAAAUGUUUCCUCGAAAAAGACUACAUGAACCAUCGGUACCACGCCAGGAGGUGUCUUUAUCUUCACGUCGUGAAGGAACAUCUGAAAUCCUCUCCCGCAGUGCGUAGGGCAUCGUGGUCAACACUUCAGAACGAGGCGCGGAAACCAGUUCUUCUCGUAUUUCCAGGUUUGGUCGUUGACUCUUCCGUCCGAAUCGAAUUCCACGCAUUUCUUGGUCCAUUAGGCUUAAAAUAUUGACGAGAAGCUCAUCGAUUUUGUAGCUCUAGAGCUUAUCGAGCUGCCUGGCUUUUUCAUAAGGAUAAUUCCUUGCGCAACAUCUGUUUUCAACGUUUCUAGGCUGAGUUUGACCCGAAACAAUGUCCGUGCUGUUAAUGAAGGUGAUACAAAUAUCCUAUUGAUCUUCCUUUGGUCCACGCAAUUUUGUGCUGAUCAUGUGCCCUUUUGGUUCUCUGCAGGAGGCAUUACACGAGCUACACCAAGGUAUAAUAGUAGCAUCCUGGAGGAUAUGUUUCUGGAGGACAAUGCAGAAUUUAUCAGAAAAACUUUCCACGGUUGGAGGAGCUUAGAAGAGGCAUUGAUUCUUCUUAAAGUAUGUUCCUAACCAUUCAUCACAGCUUCUGUCACGUAUCAUAAUUCUGAGAUAUGCCCCUGAUCACAAUCCUUAGAAAAAGACAGUUCUUGCUCAGAAAUUGUUUCAAUUGCAAUCUUCUUACUGCUAUGGUUAAAACUAAUUGGUGAAGGUUUGGGCGAGGAAUAGAAGUUCCAUCUAUGCACAUGAUUGUCUUAAUGGAUUCUUGAUGUCCAUCAUAUUAUCGCUCCUUGCUGUGGGCAAUGGAGGGAAACUCAUCAACAAGUCAAUGGAUGCACUGCAGAUUUUUCGCGUCUCCUUGCAAUUCAUUGGUACGUGUGCUUGCAUUGUUGCUAGUAUUGUCUCAUAUUUUAUUGCGUUAUUAUUGAAGCCUUAUGUUUUUAUCAACCUUCAUUUUUUAUUGGUCAUUAAUGAUUACCCUCAAGAUAAAUAAGACCAGAAGAAGGGUUCAUUAGUUCAUGCCAUGCCUUAGUUUGCUCUUGGGGGCCAUGUGUUAAAAUCAAAUGCCCUCUGUGGCUACCCAUGCAUCCAUCACAUGACUCGGUUCCCUUGACCUAAGGAAGUAAGUUACACUGGACAUCAUCCCGUGGGGGGAGGGAGGAAGAAGAGGAGCCCCUUUGAAAGGACAGAGAUACAGGCGUUAUAGACCGCAAAAAUUCAUAUUUUAUUGAGCAGAUGCUUUUAUUUGAUGAUGUUUCACAAAUCAUAAGAUAGGCAUAUUUAUGAGGAUUGGAAUUUGUGAGUACAGGAUACAAUAGUUUAUGUAGAUCAAUUGACAGAAUUAAAAGUUGCCACCGUCUGUUACUUGAGGUAUGUAAGUUAUUGCUCCAUGUAUAAAGCAAAAAAAAAAAGGUAUAAUGAUUUUAUUUCAAAAGAAACUACAAUUCGGCUAUUUGUAUUACAGAGACUAUAAAGAGUAUUGACGUCAGGCCGGAUGAAGGAUCCAUUUCAACAUUUCUAUUUACUUGCAAAGCUCUACUCAUAUCUAAUGUGAAAUAGCAGAGCGACUCUUUAUAUCUCAAGGAAUCUUGAGGUGCUUCAGAUAUUGCAGAUAAUUAGGUUCAUGCCUUUUUGAACAUUGGAUCUGUCCGAGUUUUUCAAUAGUUGUUGAUGAGAAGAUGAUUUUUUUGAGAAAAACGUGCAAGAUUGUGGAUAUACAGAAAAUAGCAUCACAAAACAAGAUCGAACGAACCCAUGCAAAUUUCACCGUUUUGAAGUCCCUUGAAUUUAGAGAUAUUAACGGGUCGGGAGGACAAUGUUGAAAGGCUCUAACGGAACUUGCACCAGUCUCUUGAAUUCGAUCUCAAAGAUCACCUUUUUCCCAACUUAUGCAGCACAAUACCUUGAUUUUAUUGUUUGCAUUGAUACAAUAUGAAAAAUAUGUUUCUUGCAGCCACUUCGACAUCUUGGAUCAAAGGCUUAUCUCUCAAAGCUCCUGGUCAUCUAUCAGAAGAGGUAUAAUUCUUAAUUCCAUAUAAAAGAACGUUAAUAGUUGCAUUUUUUUUUCCUUUUUCCACUUAGAUUCUUUCAAUGUUACAAUAUUUUUUACAGAGGUUGAGCUUUAGUUUUUUUUCUGUUGAUCUUGCAUAUGUUGUCCUCAUCUAGACAUAUUCAUUACGUGAUCCAUCUAAACAUGUGUAAAUACCUGCAUGAAGGCUUCAAGGAUUCCUUAGUUUCACCAUUGCUAUGAUGCCUGUCUCUCUUAUGUAUGGUUACCUCGACUGUUACCUCUUUUUUGUCCAUAUCUCCUGCUUCCUUAACUUGUCUCAUAUACCAUUCUUCUCAUGGCCAAUCUUUAAAAGAGAAAGGUGAAGUCCAUCGGUGUCUUUUCACCUCUGAGAAGCGACUCCUGGGCUUACUGAUUUCUCCCUUGUUGGAGCGCAUGGGGAGCAUCUCUCUUCUUAAUAAGAUGUGUUGGUAGAUUCGUGGGUAUUCUGCUGUUAAAAUUAAUUGAUAAAAUCUCUUUAAUUCAGAACAACCUGGUUUUUCCCCAUUGUAAAAACUCACGGAUCAUAUAAAUAGAGUGAUUUCAUUUUAAAACCUUUAGAUAGAGAUAAUUCGUUCUCUGGCCUAUUUAUAUUGCCAUAUUCACUUUUUUACUCUAGUUCCCCGAAUUCAACUGAGUGCUUGAACUUCCUGCUUUAUUGUAAUUUUUGAACCAACGUUUAUCCUUUUUUCAAUGUCAUACGCUUUCAGGAAAUGGAGUUACAUCGACAGUUAUUUGACGUUGUCAUAUCUGAUGUGUCUGGCUGUGCAAAUUUGGCGUUUCGGAUGAGAAGGACAGCCAUUUUGGAGGUAAACUUUGAUAGUAAAUUUUGUUUUAGUGUGUUAAGAUAUGGUUUAGGUACAGUGAAAGAUAAGUUUUCCUUUGGUAUUUGGGUUUCUUUCUUUGAGCUUACUGCUUUCAUGAACUGCUACUCAGCUGCGAGAUGAAGCUGCUUUGACACUUGACUGCAUGAACCAAUGUAGAGAUGGUGGAUUUGAAGAAAUUUUCAUGACAAAGGUCGAUUUCCCUGCAAAAUUUGAUUUGGUCAUGAGGUAAAAUGUUGAGAUGGAUAAUUAUCUUACUGUCCUUCACGUGAUUCUAAUACUUGUUUGCAAGUGUAAGGUUCCAUUUAUCAGAAGGAAGUCAUAUAUUUAAUUGGUUGUGUCAAUGAUAAUAGCAGUCAAGUUAUUCAGGAGUCGUGAAAGUGAUUUCAUGAUUAUCUUUUGCAAGUUGGAAACCUUAAAGCAGUAAUAAGAAACUUGACCACAGCUUGGUAAAAUUGCCUUCACCUUUUUUGUGUUUUAACUUCCUGUUUUCUAGAAUAAACAUGAAAGGACUUCGAAAGUUUGAUGGAUCAAGAUUUUGUUUGGAUGGUGAACUCUCCCAGACUUAUGAAGAAGAGUUGCACUCUCUCCUCAUAAGAGCUCUAAAUGACAGAGCCAAAUUGGUUCGUCUGGCCUGGAGAAGUACACCCUUUGGAUGGGAUGUUGUUGACGUAUGUAUGCCUAACGUUUAUGAUUUAUCAUUGUUUAUACCAUAGUUUUCAAAGAAAAAGCAAUAUAUUUCAUCUGGCCUCCAGGGAUUUUCGCAAUUUGGUCGAGAGCCAAUGCUUGUUGGAGUGCUAUUCAGCUCCUUUGAGAAGAUCUCCAGAGUUGUUGAUAUUGGACCAAAUGCUGACGAUAAAGCAGAGGUAUUUAUUGUUGCUUUGCUUUAGUUUUGGACUCGACAAGAAAUUGACAUCUUGCAACAGGCUGCAAAAUUCAGAGAAUUUUGGGGAGAGAAAGCAGAGCUGCGGAGGUUUAAGGAUGGGACUAUUGCAGAGAGCACGGGCAAGUUUGCUCUCUUUUUUUGUUGCAUAGUUUGGCUACAUUUAUAACAAUGCACUAGCAUUCAAAAUGCUUUACACUUGGCGCAGUCUGGGAAUGUCAACUCUGGAAGAGGCAUCAGAUUGUCAAAAGAAUUACACAACAUGUUCUUUCUAAGCAUCUUUCCUUGUCAAAUGAUGAUGUGGUGCAGAUUGUUGAUCAGCUUGACUUCUCCCUUCUUCAUGGAGCUCAUGGUAAUCCUUUUUUUUCCCCCACUUAUCAUGGUUCUUAUCCAUUUAACAACUCGUCUUCUUUUUUAUUUUGCAUAAAGCAGAUCCAAUCUCAUUUUCUGGUACUUUAACGGGGGCUUUUGAAAUUCUCUCAAAGCGCCUGCGCCAGUUGGAUGGCCUUCCCCUUAAGAUAUCUAGUGUGCAGCCUUUGGACCCAGGUGCACCCAUUUAUCCUUUACAAUUCUUUCAAUUCCUGGAUUUUAUUACUUUUUUCACAUCUGAGCUGGUUGAUAUGUUGAAAGAGAAAAACAGUUCACAACAUCAUCGAUGUAUAGUUAUUUUUAUCAGAUAUGAAAGAAGGGAAAUGCUUGAAUGCAAUGAGGAUUUGUAACACAUUAAUACUCUUUAUGUUCUUUAAAUAGCUUCAGAAAACAUACAUGAAUAAUACGUUUGAUUUCUCUUGUGAAGCUUUUGAUUGGCUGCUUAGGUACUGUAUCAAUAUUUUCUCUGCCUGAGCGAAACUUUGACAUUAUUAAAUCUAAUGUUUUCUUUUUUCGCUAACUUCUACUUUCUUAUUGGAUAGCCUUUAGAUUUACAGCUGUCUUCCCUCCGGAACCUAAUCCCUUAGCUGACAAAAAGGUCGUCAGCAAGAAAUCACUGAAGUUUGCUCUAGCUUCUAUUCAGCCACUCGAUAUUAUGAUACAGGUAAGCUGUGCACUCUCUUCUUUUUUUUUUUUCCCUGUUAUCACAUAUUUGUGAUAUUAAUGAAAGUUUGAAUUAUCUCUAGUUAGAGGGCUCGGGGUUGUGGCCUCUGGACGAAGUAGCCAUCGAGAAGACAAAAACCGCGUGGCUUCUUGAAAUCGCAAGAAGGUACCCGAGCGCAAGAAUUUCUUCAUGUUCAGAGCAGAUUUCUUCGAGUAUUGUCGUAUGAGAUGAUCUCUCUGUCGAACCAGGCUUCAGGAUGGUCUGGACGUGUUCUGUGUUGCCACAGAGGACGAGGUGGAUGUCCUGAUUUCCGGGUAUGCAUUCCGUCUUAGAAUUUUGCAUGAGAGGGGGCUAAAGUUGAUGAUCAGUCAAGGUUAGUAUCUUCAGGUUAAGUACUCUUAUUUUUCAAGCAGCUUAGUGAUAAAUUUCAUUAAUCUAAUUAGUUAUAAUGCAGUGGGAAAUGGAGUAGUCAAGGGUGUGUCAUCCUCAGACAGGGAGCUGUUCCUCCGCAGCCAGCAUUCUAGCAUGAUUAAUGGUUUGCUGGGUCGUUACUCUGUAUAUGGGCCUGUUGUCCGGUUAGACUUUUAUUAAAUUUUAUUUUUUUUAAUAAAAAUGAGGUUGAGAUUAUUGUUGCUGAUAUUGCCUCGAAAAUUUCAAAUUACCAGGAUUUUUUGACAAAAAUCACAUCUUGAUUGCUUCUGCAGGCUUGCCAAAAGGUGGAUUGCGUCCCAUUUUUUCUCUUCCUUCCUGGCAGAGGAGGCAGUCGAGUUGUUGGUUGCUCAUCUUUUCUUGAUGCCGCUCCCGUUCUGUGCUCCAUGUUCAAGAACUACUGGGUUUUUGAGGUAACAGUUCGUCCAGGAAACUAAUUAAAACCUAUUAAUUAAUUAAUUAAUUAAUUAAUUAAUUUUUGGUUUAUAUGAUACGUUGAUUUAAAUGUCUGGACAGGUUUCUGCGACUACUUGCAAACUACGAUUGGACAUUUUCUCCUCUGAUCGUUGACAUCAACAACGAUCUAACAUUGGAGGAUAAAAAACAGAUUAACGUAUGGGUUAUAUGAUACCUUCUUUCGUUGUUCUUGUUGGAUGAAAUUAUCACUGAUUUUCUUUCCCUUACCAAAUCAGGAGGCGUUCAUCUUAAGUAGGAAAUCAUAUGAGGAAAAUGCCCAUGACAUAGAACCAGCAAUGUUCUUGGCUACAUCUUAUGACAAGGCGUCUCAGGCUUGGACCAGUUCUUCCCCAAGAACACCAGUAUGUGACUUUUUAUAUUUCCCCCCUGGAUUUGGUCCAUGUCUCAUACCUCAUUCAUCAGACAAUAAAUGGCAUAACCUUGUUUCAUGCAACUACAUAAACUGAUUUCGUUUCCUAAAGGUGCUUAGACGACUAGCGAGCUAUGCUCGAAGCAGCGCGGACCUCAUGACCAAUCUCAUCUUAAGAGACCAGCCCAGCCCUUACACAUGGGAGGUGUGAAAGAAAAAACCCAAAGUUUUCAUCUUUAUUGGGCCCAAGAAAACCCAAGAAUUUUAUUUUUAUUUUUUUUCUUUUUGCCUGAAACUCGUCCAUGUUGCAGUGCCUGUUCAGGACGCCUUUGAAUAACUAUGAUGCAGUCGUCCUGCUGCACCAGGAGAGGCUGUCAUAUCCACAGCGCCUCCUCUUUCCCACUGAUAUGAAACAAGGUCGAUCAUCUUUAUCUAUUUAUUUUAUUUACCUCGUGUGUGACCUUCCCAUGAGUAGGUGGAAAGCUUAUGUCUACAACCGUCUCCAGGAAAGCAUGUCAUUGAGGGGAGAUCGAGUGCUGCCUUUCAUCCCUACUUGCUCCUUAAGGAAACAAACAGCUUGGAAGCUGCAAGGAGUAGCCUGAUGGUCGGAUUCGAUCCAACCAGGUGUUUUGUGGAAGAUCUGAAGGUUCUUCUGCAUCUGAGAAUUCCAAUAAAAACAACUUUAUUCAAAGAAUUUGUUUCAUUUUCCCUUUUGGGAAGAGAACAGCUGAUGCUGAAUAGAAGAUUUGACUUCUCUUGCAGAAGGAGUUCCCAGACACAUUCAAGGUGUGGUAUGAUUCUCUUGGGGGCGAUGCUGUGGGCCUCACAUGGGAAAAACAGGCUUCAAAGGUAAACUGUACCUACAACCCAUGUUUACUAUCUCUAGUAAAUAUUUACUAUUUAAUGAAUGAAUAAAUGAAUGAAUGGUGUGGGUUUCUGCAGAAGAGAGAGAGAGAUGAAGUGAGCGACAAGAACAGUGGAGAUCCGAGUUCACUUCUGAAGGAAGUAGGAGAAGUGGGUAAAGGCUUUGUGAGGAGCGUGUACUUGCUCAAGGCUCCGAGGCAUCACCAACCUUAG